AUGUCGGCACGUGAUUGCGUGACGGAAAAUUUGGUUUUUCGCAACGGCAGUUUGCGCAACGAAAUUAUUGAUUCGUCACGCAAAGUCCUUCUUCAUAUUAGAAUUCUGCCAUUGCAGAGGCAGAAUGCAAAAAAAAAGGCAUUCUGCCUCUGCCUCUCUCUCAACCUCUCUGCUGCUGCUGGGACUUCAAUACAUUCAUUGGGGAUAUUUGUAAUUAGCGAUUGGUGGAGAACGAUUGCGAUGAACCCGAAUAGAUGCGCAGACGAAUACUUGGAUGGAAUCCAGGAUUUUAUUGAGUUUGCACGUAGACACAACUCGGGUGCAACUAGAAUUCGUUGUCCUUGUAGGAGGUGUAACAACACGUUAUGGGAGACAAUUGAAAAUGUUGGAUUUCAUUUAGUAAGGAAUGGAAUGAUUGAGACAAAUAGCAUUUGGAACCUUCACGGGGAACAAUUAGACCAUGCCUCGUCUUCAAAUGCCACAAAAGUGGCCAAUGUUGAAACUAUUGUGGAUCCUAAUGAUAAAGUCAUGGAUAUUAUACACGAUGCAUUUCCAUUUGCAUCGACCAACAUCAAUCAGGAAGGGGAAGAUGACGUGCCUACACCAAUAGAUAGUGCGGAGUUUGAACAAUAUGAAAAAUUGUUAAAAAAUGCCAACCAAGAGUUAUACCCAGGGUGCGAGAGCUUUUCCGUUCUCACGGCCAUUGUGGAGCUAAUGCACGGAAAAAUAAAGUAUCGUAUAUCGAACCUGUGUUUCGAUUACUUUUUGGGGGUUGUUAAGAGAAUGCUUCCGACGGACAACUGUUUGCCGAAAGACCAUAAACAAGCAUAG